AACCUCUUCUCCUCCUACUCCUCGUUAUUCUUAUUAUUUAUUUGUUUAUUUUUUUUUGAAGUUUGGUUCCCGAGAAAAUGAAGGAGAUGGCGAGAAAAAUCCACGUCUUUUCUCUCGUUUACCAAAAUCAAGCCUCAUUGUACUUGAAUCAAACGCUGCAUGCUCCACUUUAAUGUUUGAAAAUUAUGAAAAAUGAAGCCUGUAUUUUGAAUUUACCUCUGUCUUUUGUUUCCUUCCUUUUGUUGUUGGCAACCGAAACGAGGUUCAAUUUUCUGGAUCCUCAGAAUGUUGACAGAAAAUGCAGGAAAUGAAUUGAACAUCCACCUUGAGACUUUCUUUUGGAUUUGAGACUUGUUACUCUGUUUUACCAAAGAGAAGGGUGGUUGGCCUAAGGAAGAGAGUUGAAGAGCUUCGAUCUGAGCUUGAAGCGGCAAAUGCGGAGCUCGAAGGAUCAAAGCGGUUCAAAGAAACUACCGAGCAAGAUCUUAAAGGCUACGAAGUUGAACUGGCUAUGAACAUUGCUACUAUUCACACCCUAGAGGGAAUUUCUCAGAUUCAAGAUGAAAUAUCCUCCACUGGAUCGGAAGUAGAGCGUCUUCAGCAUGAAGAAAGGACCGCACGAGAUACCUUUAUUUGUCAGAUGUUCGAGCUUAACACCAGAAUAAGGAACUUCCAGGACAGCAUAGCUUCCAACUUCCAUGAAGCAAAUAACGUUGGAAGUGCAGAAGACAUUUCAGAAGCAGAUCAGAAAGUUUUAAUGGAGGUACCCAUGGAAACUGAUUCAAGAACUUUAGAGGACGAGCUUGCUCUUGUUGUUUCUCAAACAACUAAAGAGGAACAAGAAUACCUAGCAGCACAGAGUUUCCAAAAGCAGGUCCAGCAGGAACAUGUGGAUCUUCAGAGGAAGGUUUCUUUGAUGGAGGUGAUAAUGAAAGAAACAAAAGCACUGCAGGAUUUGAUUAGGCAGACUUCUAAAUUGGGACAAAUUUAUGCUUCUCUUGGUGAGCAGUUGCAGAAGAGGUGUGUGUGUCCCAUUUGUCAUACAGAUAAUGUAGAGUCUCUGAGGGGAAUUUUUCAGGCAGAUGAGCAAAUUCAUCUCUUGUGAGGAAAGCUUUUUCACUGUCAAGUGGCAUUUCUAAAGGAUUGCAUGGAGACCGUGGAUUCAAAUUGUGAUGACCUUUGGAAGUAUUACAUACCCGAGUACAUACAUAUCAGCUGCAUCCUUGAGAUUUAACCACUCGUCCAAAUCUACUGCUAGACUUCCUACUGGAGACCUUCCGGCAACAUUCCAGGUACCAACAAAGAUUCUGUCAUAUGCAUUUACAGAGUUGUGAGAUGCGUACUUAAGCAAAUUAUCUCGCUAUUUUGGUCUACAAUUUGUAAAGAGAAGAUUCAUAUCCUCACCUUAGCUCGUUGGUUGAAAUGCAUGGAUCAGUCUCCAAUGAGUGAACAUAAACAUCAUCCAGAAUAUCAACUUCAUCUUCACUAUCAUCUGUAAUAAAACAUGGGACUUGUAUUCGAAACCAAAUUUAAUUGAGAAAAGAAGAAAAAUGGUUUUUAGCAGGAGCAGGAAAAACAAAGCAAGUUGAACCUGA